AUGAGUGAUGUCAUAAAGAGCACAUUAACAUUCAUUUUCAUUGUGGAAUUUAUAAUUGGAAAUUUAGGAAAUGGUUUCAUAGCACUGGUGAACUGUAUCAAUUGGGUCAAGAGAAGAAAGAUCUCUUUAGCUGAUCAGAUUCUUACUGCUUUGGCAAUCUCCAGAAUUGGUCUGGUUUGAUUAAUAUUUGUAAGUUGGUAUGUAUCUGUGCUUCACCCAGCUUUAUUUUUGACUGAAAAAAUGUUAAGAAUAUUUAUUAAUACCUGGACGGUGACCAAUCAUUUUAGUGUCUGGUUUGCUACAAGUCUCACUACUUGUUAUUUUUUCAAGAUAGCCAAUUUUUCUAACUCGAUUUUUCUCUACCUGAAGUGGCGAGUUAAAAAGGUGGUUUUAGUGCUGCUUCUUGUAACUUUGGUUCUUUUGUUUUCAAAUAUUGCACUGAUAAACGUCCAUGUAAAUGCCAGGAUCAAUGAAGAUAGAGAAAACAGGACUUGCAGUUCUGGUUCAAUUAACUUUGCACGAUUUUCCAGCCCUAUUUUAUUAAUCAGCACUGUGUUCUUUUUGAUACCCUUUACUUUGUCCCUGGCAAAUGUUCUUCUGCUCAUCUUCUCCUUGUGGAAACAUCUCAAGAAGAUGCACCACACUGUCAAACGAUCCGGAGACGCCAGCACCGAGGCCCACAGAAAAGUCAUACAAAUUGUGAUCACUUCCCUCCUACUCUACGCCAUUUUCUCUGUGUCUUUUUUCAUACCACUUUGGAUCUCUGAAUUGUUGGAAGAAAAUCUAAUUUUUAUUUUUUGCCACGUAUUGACAAUAUCUUAUCCUUCAGGUCACUCAUGUGUCCUGAUUCUUGGAAACAAGUAGCUGAGACAGGCCUCUCUGUCAGCGCUGCGAUGGCUGACGUGCAGGUUCAAAGAUGGGGAGGCCUCAGGCCAUAGAGAAUUUAGGGAAUCAUCUUGA